AGGGAGGCCAGAGGGCUUGUGGGCGUCGGGCUCCGCAGACCUUUGGCCUCCUCACCGGCCCCCGCCUCCCCUCCUCCUGGCUCUGGUCCCGACAGCCCGCGCAGAGCCCGGGAGGGGGGAGGAGCCUCCCAGCGUGACGCCCGGGUCCUCCAGCUCUUCGCCAGUCGGCCUGCCCCGAGGGGCGUGAGGAGGGGGCGGGGCCGCGGACUUGGGACUUGGGUCCAUGCACCGCCUCUGGCCCAGAGCCCUCGCACGCAGGCUGGUCAGGCGGCCAGGGAGCCAUGUCGGCGCUGCUGGGGCUCCGGCCCGAGGUGCAGGACACCUGCACCUCGCUGGGACUGAUGUUGUCGCUGGUGCUGUUCAUGGGGCUGGCCCGCGUGAUCGCCCGGCAGCAGCUGCACAGCCCCACGGCCCACGCCUUCGUCUUGGAGUUUCUAGCCACCUUCCAGCUCUGCUGCUGCACCCACGAGCUGCAACUGCUGAGCGAGCAGGACCCCGCGCACCCCACCUGGCCGCUGACGCUAAUCUACUUCUUCUCGUUGGUGCAUGGCCUCACUCUGGUGGGCACCUCCAGCAACCCGUGCGGCGUGAUGAUGCAGAUGAUGCUGGGCGGAAUGUCCCCCGAGAUGGGUGCAAUGAGGCUGCUGGCUCAGUUGGUUAGUGCCCUAUGCAGCAGGUACUGCGUAGGCGCCCUGUGGAGCUUGAGUCUGACCAAGUAUCACGUCAGUGAGAGGACCUUCGCUUGCAAGAAUCCCAUCCAAGUCGACUUGCCCAAAGCGGUAAUCACAGAAGCCGUCUGCUCCUUUGUCUUCCACAGCGCUCUGCUGCACUUCCAGGAAGUCCGAACCAAGCUUCGUAUCCACCUGCUGGCUGCACUCGUCACCUUUUUGGUCUAUGCAGGAGGAAGUCUAACAGGAGCUGUAUUUAAUCCAGCUUUGGCACUUUCACUACAUUUCAUGUGUUUUGAUGAAGCAUUCCCUCAAUUUUUUAUAGUAUAUUGGCUGGCUCCUUCUUUAGGUAUAUUGUUGAUGAUUCUGAUGUUCAGCUUUUUCCUUCCAUGGCUGCAUAACAACCAUACAAUUAAUAAAAAGGAAUAACUUCCAAAAGACUCAGACUAAGAUACAGGACAGUCAAGCUGGGUGUGAUAAAGAUUUUAAUUACCUCAUAUUCCAAAAACUGUACUGGAUUCAUCAAUAUUAACUUCCUUUGAGGAAGCUGCCUUAUAGUUUUCAUCACUGAGACUUAAAAAUAUUACUGUGAAAAUGAGGUAUUCUGUAUUUCUCAGUUAAGACUUGUUCUUUUGAGUGAUGUAUUAAAUGCUGCUAGAAAAGACUUAAUUACAUUAAACAUAAAUCUCAAGUGAUAA